AUGUCUUUGGGAGGGGACACAGUGCCACCUGACGAGGUCACCUUCGCGGACGUGGCCUUGAACUUCACCAAGGAGGAGUGGGCCCUGCUGGCCCCGGAGCAGAGGGACCUCUACCGUGACGUGAUGCUGGAGAACCUCCGGAACCUGGCCUCCGUGGGAGGAGUCCGCGCAGAGGAGCCGCACCGGCGGAGGGGGCCGGAGGCGGGGCGCGUGGCGGCUGCCCACGAGGGAGACGGCCGCCUGGUGCAGGUCCCUGAGGCCGGGGAGGACCCUGAACCCAGCUCAGAGAGGAAUCGCAAAACCUCUGGGAACAGCCAGGACGACAGAGGACGGUGGCAGGGCAUCCGGUCAGCUCCACGGGUGAGAACUCCGACAGGGCGGCCAUCGGUCACACGGGCCAAGGAUCGCAAUCACGUGCUUCCUGCGCCUGAUAAAGCAUUUCGGGGGGUCCCUGUCUGCGAAUGGGGCCUGCCGGGGAACGUCCUCCCGGAAGGCUGCGUCCUUGGGGCGCACGAGACUCGCGUUCAAGAGCAAGCGUUCAAGGCCGAGGAGCUUGCAAACAUCCCCCGGGGGACCUCCACGCCCGCCGGGCAGGUGCAACCUGGCACAGCGCCGACCAAGACCCAGGAUAAUCACGGCGGGAAAAGCUUGGCCCGCGGUCCGCACGGUGCCGGGCCCCGCAGCAGCACGCAGAUGGGAGAGAAAAACUACAAAUGCCGGGAUUGUGGGAAGUCCUACAUUUACCGCGCCUUCUUCCUGAGACACCUGAGCCUCCACACCGGAGAGAAGCCCCACGUGUGCCAGGAAUGCGGGCAAGCCUUCCGCCACUCCCUGCACCGCGACCGGCACGCCCGCAGGCACCUCGCGGAGAAGGCCCACGCGUGCGCGGAGUGCGGGAGGGCCUUCCACAAGGCCUGGAAGCUGGCCGUGCACACGAGGCUGCACACGGGAGAGAGGCCCUACCGGUGUGCGGAGUGCGGGCAGGGCUACACCAAUAGCACGUCCCUCCGGUGCCACCUGAAGAAGCACCGCAGAGAGAGGCCGUGCUCGGAAGGACAGGGCCGUGCAGAAGGCUUUGCUUUUCUCAAAAUCCUGAAAGAGCCCUGA